AUGUCAUCAGAUUCACAGCGUCCCAAACAAUGUGUUCACAGCCGUGUGGAAAAGAGAGUAGAAGUUCGACGAAGUCGCCAAAGGCUCGGUCUCCGGAGCCUGACAAGUGGUAGCGGUUUUCACACACAACACCGUACAGAAAGCGCCCAAAGCUUGAAACACGGCAAUAUAAACAGGUGUGGAUCGUCAACAUGUGUGGGAAAAUCAGACGAGGUGGGAGAUGGGGUGUUCGUCGCCCAGCUGCAUCUUGUGGAUGAAAAACGUGCCAGUGAGGACGCCAGAUACAUACAGUAA